AUGACAGACUUUGAGAUAGUGUGGCGCUUCAUAUCUUCAUCCACUAUCCUAGUUCCACGAAAUGCUGCGAGGCCUCCAAUACAACUCUUUCCCUCCAGUGAAAUUGGAGUGCAUGGCUUUUUUCCGACAACACUGGGCCCAUUCAUCGGUGCAGUCUUUUUCGAAACAUUCCUUUACGGGAUCUACUUCAUCUUAUUUUUCAUCUGCGCAUACCUCUUGCUCCGGAAGAAAAGACCGCUUCGUUGGGUCUUGCUUGCGUCCGCGAUCAUCAUGUUCUUUCUCGCGACCGCAGAUAUCAUCUACACCUAUCAUCUGGUGUUUAAUAAGCUCCUUGCUAAUAAAUUGACCUUCGCGGAGCUCUUCCCGAAAUACAUGUUGUUUGUGACGAACAAUGCACUCGCAGACUCGUUGCUGUUGUAUCGCUGCUAUGUUGUCUGGGGGUUCAACAAAUAUAUCAUCAUUGCUCCCGCAAUUUUGCUCAUCGCUGGAACAGUUUGCGGUUAUAUUUUUGAAGGAGCCUCGUCAAUUCUUUUUAAUCAUGCUUGGAUUUACCUAUCUAUGACAUUUACCCUGAAUGUCAUUACGACGGGCCUGACAGCUGGGAGGAUCUGGUACCUCUCGCAGAAGGCAGAACUAAUCCUUGGAGAAGGCCUUCUUCGACGAUACAACACAUCCAUCGCCAUUCUGAUAGAAUCAGGAGUAAUGUACUCCGUCUACAUCACUCUUGAUUUAGCGUUUCAGAAAAAUGCAACAGCUCAUGCGAUCCUCGACUGUGGAUUUAUCCAAAUAGUUGGUAUCAUGCCAACUCUAAUCAUUGUCCAAGUCGGUCUCGGGGGUGCGGUUAACGAUUUCGAGGCAAACGAAGCUCUCUCUCGCGUCGAAGCAAACAAGAUUGCUCAUCGUUCGCACCUCGAGGGCGUUCAUUCGGUCCGGGGAUCAAAUCAAUCAUUCCCUGAAGAUGUUCCCUGCUCGCCCAUGCGCUCCCCGCAUUGUAUCUACGGCUCUAACGAUACUUUCUUAUCCGGUCCAGGUUGA